AUGGCUUCCAGCGGGGCCCUUCCUCAGACCCUGAAAUUCGCCACCGACAUCAAGAUUGGCGAGUUUUCGAAGCAAUACGCGUUGUUUGCGAAGCAAAAACGCGAGAUUAUCCGGGCUGCUGAAAACGCGCCCGAUCUACGAUCCAAGGCCCAGAUCCUACUGGAGGGUAUCACCCAACUCAAGGGAAACCCCAACGAUGCCUUGGAUCAGGAAGAUAUGGACUUGGACCACUCCGCAGACAAUCGGAGCGCUGUCGCAAAUGGCAGUGAGAGAGCAGUCUAUGUCAAUAUCCGGCGCUUCCUCAUGCAGAGCCAAUUCGACCCGUCAGUGUCAGAUCACGCCCUGAGGGGUUGGAUUGCAGAGUUGGAACAGGAACUGCAGUACUUGCAGACGAGACAUGAUCAUGCGGCUUUCUACAACAAACUUGUCACAGAAUGUCUGGAGAACUACGAGGGCGACUACCCAACACAGGCCACUCAAGACGUCAAUAGCGAUGGCGUCGACUCCUUCGAGUCCGUAGGGCGAGCAGAGAUGCAAGAACAACGCUCGACAUGGGAAUCGCUGGUCUUCCAAGCCGAUUCCACCGACGAGACUACGCUCCGUGGGUAUCUCGACCGCUUAUUCUUGGCAAGCUCUUUAUCGAAACAGGCGCUGAAGGAGAUGCGGGAGAAAAUCAAGGCCUUCGGUUCGGAGCUGUUGACGAAAGAGGCUGCGCUCGGUGUCCACGACCUCAAAUGGCUCGGCAGUACACUAUUGGGAACAGAUCUUCUCACAAAAGAGAAGGCUGCUAUUUUGAAGGAUUUCAUGCAGAGUGACGCGGUGGCUCGAGAAGUUAUCGAUGUACUCAAUAUGCGCCUUGCGACCCUCGCAUCGUGGAGCUGGCCGGCGGAGGGCAUUCCCGUGGAAAUGCGCCGCCAGCUCAAUGGGAAAUACCGGGUGUUCAUGGACGAGGAUAUCCUCGAUGCUCUGCUGCUGCAUUAUAUUGGACUCAAGUGGUCGGUAACGUUCAAAGAUGCCUUUGACGAUUUCCUUAUAUCCCGUGCGUGGAAGUCGUCGCACCAGUACAUUUCCAAGCGGGAGAAAGCCCGCCGUCAAUACUUCCUGGAGAAGCCAGCACGUGCAGCGAACUCUGUCAAUGAACACCGAUUCGAUACAUAUCGAUCAGACUACUUCAUGACACAAUUGCCCAAGUCUGUGGAAGACGGCGCGCCAGACUAUGACGGCGACUCCACAGCAGACUCACGAUCUACAGGCAACGCAGCGAAAAGUGCCCUCGAUACCAAACACUCCCUCCUUCAUCUCCUGAUCACAGAAUCGAUCAUCCACAACACCCUCCACGGACAGUUCACUGCCCUACGUUCAGACUUCAAGUGGUUUGGUCCAUCCCUCUCACACACCACAAUCCUCACCGUGCUGGAAUACUUUGGUGUCCCGAAGGCGUGGCUCGAUUUCUUCAAAACCUUCCUCGAGGCGCCCGUCAAGUUCGUCCAGGACGGCCCCAACGCUACAGUGCGCACCCGGCGCCGCGGCGUGCCCAUGAGCCACGCGCUCUCGACCUGCCUGGGCGAAGCCGUGCUGUUCUGCAUGGACUAUGCAGUCAACCAGCACACCAACGGCGCGCACCUCUACCGUCUCCACGACGAUUUCUGGUUCUGGGGCCCUGAAGCAACAUGCAUCGCAGCGUGGGACGCCAUGAAGACCUUCACGAAGGUGACAGGCCUCGAGUUCAACGAGGAGAAGACCGGGUCCGUCCGUCUGGCGAGCACGCCCGAUGAAGCGACCCGCGGAGACACCUACACCCCGCAGGAGCUCGUCGCCCCCGACGAGUCCAAGCCGCACGCGGACGCCCCCAACCUUCUCCCCGCAGGCGCCAUCCGCUGGGGCUUCCUCAAGCUCGACGCGCAGGAAGGCCGGUUCAUCAUCGACCAGAGCCAAGUGGACGAGCACAUCGCCGAGCUGCAGCGGCAGCUCGCGGCGUGCAAGAGCGUGUUCUCGUGGGUCAAGGCGUGGAACAGCUACUUUGGCCGGUUCUUCGUCAACAACUUCGCCAAGCCGGCCAUGUGUUUUGGCCGCUCGCACAUCGACAUGGCCAUCGCCACGCUCAACCGCAUCGAGCGCCGUCUCUUCCCAGACAGCCCCGGCGGCGUCACCGGCCACCUGCGCGCGAUGAUCGCCGACCGGUUCGGCGUGCACGACCUCCCCGACGCCUUCUUCUACUUCCCCGUCGAGCUGGGCAGCCUCGAGCUGCUGAACCCGUACGUGUCGCUGUUCGCGAUGCGCGAGGACAUCAAGCAGACGCCGCGCGGGCGGCUCCGCAAGGCCUUUGUCGCCGACUCCGCGGCGCACCAGGCGGCCAAGGAGCGGUUCGAGAAGCACGGGCCUGUCGAGGCGUCGGCGGCUGUCGACGCACUGGGCGGGUCGGACGACGGGACGACCUUCAUGUCGUUAGAGGAGUUCACCAAGCACGCGGAGGAGUUCAGCCCGCAUCUCCUGGCUGCGUACAGGGAUCUGACCCGCGUGCCUGCCGAGGCCAGCACCAGCCAGACGCCGGCAUUGUGCCAGCACCAAAGCCUGCUGCGGGACUGGCUGGCCAGCAGCGGCGCCUCGAGCGGCCCGAUCGCGGCGCACUGGCGCGGUAUGAAGCCGUACUGGCGGUGGAUCGCGGAGCUGUACCAGGAGGGGAUGGUGAGGAAAUACGGGGGUCUGGCGGCUGUGAGUCGGGAGCUGAUGCCUAUGGGGGUUGUGCAGACGCUGAAGCAGGGCAAGUUCCGGUGGCAGGGAUGA